AGGUCAGCAACUAUUCGGUGGCCCAACUUAUGGACAAGUUCCGCAUCACUGACUGCGAGGAGUGGGGCGCCGCCUACGCCGGGGGCCGCCAGCAGAAAGAGUGGAACUACCUGAAGUACUUAGAGACCAGCCACUCCUGCUCCGGCUGGUGCUACCCAGGUGUGCAGCUGUGGUCCACGGGCAUUCACAAGGACUCCUGCGCCGCGGUCGUCUCGCAGCUGUACCGCAGCCACGUCGCCCCCCGUGGGUCUCAGGUGGGCACCUUCAUGCUCGUUGUGCUGGGCGCCGGAAUCGUCGCAAUGAUGGCCUUCGGCCCUGUCCUGCGGAACUACGACGUCGAGUGGUAGUCGCCUCCCCCUUCCCCCCCAGCCGGCGGCGAGCGAGGGGGGGGGGGAGAAGGAGAAGGCCUUCUCAGAAGUCCCGUCGCCUGCUGAGGAGACUUUCUCCUUCUCAUUUCCGACCGAUGGCAAGCAGGGCGCUCCGCCUCCGCGGACGGCGCCUCUCGCCUCCGCCCUCGCGCCCGCCCUGCGCGCGUCUCGGGGGCAACGAUAGAGGGGGGGUAUAGGCAUAGCCCGUCCCCCCCCCUGUCGUUUGUCCCUCAGCGUCCCCCUCCCGAGUUGAGCGCAGCGCCUGGCGAAGCCCCCCGAGAGAAAAA